CAAUAAUGUCAAUGUACGAAAAUAAUUAUUAUGAGUAGAAUUUUCUGAAAAUGGCCUUACUUGCAAAAACUACAUUUUCUUUAAUUAAAAAUGCGAUAACAUCAACUUCUGUACGGGCAUUGUCCCUAACCCAACAAUUAAAUAUAAAGGAAUUGAGAGAAUAUAAAGAGGGAAAUAAAUUAGUAGUCGAAGGUGUAACAAUCCCAUCGCCGCGUUCAGAAGUGUUGGUAAAGGCGGAGAAUGUACCCGGCUUGGCUUUACCUGAAGCCGAGAAACCGCUAUGUUACAUGUGUAAAUUGGGGCUGGAUGUUAAGCAUACCGAUGUCUUGAUAUUGAGUCAAUUCGUUCGAUCAGACGGCUGCAUGCUACCACGUCGUAUCACUGGUCUAUGUAGGAGACAACAGUUUAAAGUUGGCAAAAUGGUAACAAUGGCACAAAAAGCUGGUCUUAUGAUUAACCUAACUCCAUCAUUUUGUAAGAAGGAUCCAAAGAAAAGAUAUGGAUUCAAAAAGUUCAACACUUACUUUGAUGAGUCAACUAUCUUUAUGAAGAGAAUACCAGAUCAAAAGGAUAAAUUUAAGCGAUAAAUAUAGAUUUAUAAUAAUUCAGAUUUAGAUAAUAAAUUAGUUAAAUUAUAA